CCGCCUCCGCCCGACCCUCCGCCCGCCACGCGAGCUGGGCACCUGUGCCAGGUGCAGGGGCCAGGGAGCACUUUGAGAAAAGGGCUUCAUCUUCAGCCAGAGAGGGAAUAUUGUUGAAUCAACUGAGAAGUGACCUGUAGAGCAGACACCAUGAGCAUCUCAGCUCUCGGAAGCAGCACCAAAGGGAAGCCUCUCUCAGCAGGCGAGGAGGAGCGCAGUAACGUCCUCAGGCAAAUGAAGGUGCGAACAACUCUGAAGGGGGACAAGAGCUGGAUCACCAAGCAGGAUGAAUCGGAGGGCCACACCAUAGAGCUGCCCUCUGGUCGGAGUCGUGCCACAUCCUUUUCAUCACCCGGGGAGGUCCCAAAGGCCAGGUCUACGAGCACAAGGGCUUCCACUGGCUAUAUCAUCCGGGGAGUGUUCACCAAGCCCAUAGACAGCUCAUCCCAGCACCAGCAGCACUUUCCUAAGGCCAACGGAGCUCCAAAGAGCACUGGCAGUCUGAUGAGAGCAGCUCCCACUGGGCCUUUUCGCCCCUCCUCCUCUGGCUACAAGAUGACCACUGAGGACUACAAGAAGCUGGCACCCUACAACAUCAGGCGCAGCUCAGCCUCAGGGGAUGCUGAAGAGGAGGAUGUGCCUUUCUCUUCUGAUGAGCAGAAACGGAGGACAGAAGCUGCAAGCAGCGUGGUGAGGAAGACAGCUCCCCGGGAGCGCUCCUACGUUCUGUCAGCGGCCAAGAAGAGUACUGGAAGCCCUGUCCAGGAGAUGCAGCCCCCAUUCAUUGCGAAGAGGGUGGAGGUGGUGGAUGAGGAUGGUCCUUCUGAGAAGAGCCAGAACCCACCUGCUCUGGCAAGAUCCCCUCCUGGUUCCAUCAGUGCGGAGGGAGGCCGAGCCAAAGUGUCUCGGGCAAUUUGGAUUGAGCGCAUGCCGAGUCUGCCAAGCCCUGCCGGGAGCCUGGAGCCCAGCGCAAGAAGUGAGGAGAUUGUCCAUCUGCAGAUCAUGACGCCCGAGGCGGGACUCCGCCUGAUGGCCCCAGACCUGGAAGGAAUGAGGUCUUCCCUAGACUCCAAAGACAAGGAAGCCCUCAGCCCCAGGGAGCCCAAGAGAGACUUGGCUGGUGAGGGGGUUUUUAAGGGCCCCAAUCCAGAUUCUGAAAGGUCAAGUACACAGUCAAGAGAUGGCAACAAGGGAUCCAGAGCCACAGGCUCCCCACUUGAAGGCUUGGCUGGAGCAGACAUCAGCUCUGGAAGAGGAGGCUCCGGUGCCACUUUGGUUUCUCCUGUACCAGCUGAUAGGAAGAACAGCCCAGCAGACUUGGAGGACAUGGAGGCAAACUUAAAAGGCUCCUUGGCUGGUUUUGAGGAGAGGAAUGUGGUCACCAAGCUGGGAGAUACCUGGCAGGAGAAGCCUGGAACUCCGAGAGGUGGCCAGAGAGACCCAGCUGCACCUACUCAGCAGCCUGAAGACCCCAGCACUCCAGAGCAUCAGAGCAGCCUCAGAAGACCCCAGCAGCUCAUGGAUUUGGAGAACCAGGCCAGCAGCUCCUUGGCUGGUUUUGAGGAGAGGAAUGUGGUCACCAAGCUGGGAGAUACCUGGCAGGAGAAGCCUGGAACUCCGAGAGGUGGCCAGAGAGACCCAGCUGCACCUACUCAGCAGCCUGAAGACCCCAGCACUCCAGAGCAUCAGAGCAGCCUCAGAAGACCCCAGCAGCUCAUAGAUUUGGAGAACCAGGCCAACAGGGUGAGAAACCCCUCAAGCUGUAUGGUCACUGUUACAGUCACUGCUGCCGCCGAGCAGCCUCAUGUUUAUAUCCCAGCCUCCCCAAGUGAAUUGGACUCCAGCUCAACCAGCAAAGGGAUUCUCUUCGUGAAGGAGUACAUGAAUGCUAGUGAGGUAUCUUCCGGGAAGCUGGUGUCUUCGUGCUAUAGCAGCAUCAGCAACACUGAGGACUCCUUCAACAUGGACAAGAAACCCCCAUAUGACAGCACGCCAUACUCUGAGAGAAUAACAGGAGGGAUCUGUACUUACUGCAACCGAGAGAUCCGAGACAGUCCAAAGAUUACCCUCGAACAUCUUGGCAUCUGCUGCCAUGACUAUUGCUUUAAGUGUGGCAUUUGCUGUAAACCGAUGGGUGAGCUCCUGGAUCAGAUCUUUAUUCACCGUGACACCAUUCACUGUGGGAAAUGCUAUGAGAAGCUCUUCUAGCUCCCCCAGGCUGAGAAGAAGCUGAUGACUCCUGGACAAGUUUGGCUGUCCCCAGUUGCCCCAAGUUGCUAGCUCCUCUUCCCUCACCAUUUGAUUUCUUGAUGCUUUUGCCCUUCUCAAGUUGAAUUUGCUUACAUCCAGUAGCAUAUGUUAAUGAUGCUAUGAUAAUUACUUGUGUGUGUAGCCUUUUAUAGGUCAGACAGUGCUUCACAUCCAUGAUCUUAUUUCAGAUUCAAGCAAAGAGGAUUGAACAAGAAUUCCAUCUAUGCUUCCCUAAAGAGUGUCAGCUUCCUGAUGAAUUUAGGUGGCCUGGUAUGAUAGGCAUAGGCAGGAGCAUUGGGUUCAGUGUGUAGUGACUUGGGACAGAGAGCAAAUCACAUUUUGGUUUGUAGCUCGGAGUGUACCUUUGGGACUGUAGAAUGCAAGGAGAACCCUGAAGCUUCUGAAGGGCCAGGUUGAAGACUGUUGACGAUCCCUGGUGGGUAAAUAGCAGACAUUGAAUGCUAGAGAUUGGCAUAGGCCAAUGUUUAGCUUGUCUGUUUGCCAUAUAUACAUUUUUAAACUUUCCAUAUACUUUUAAAAGUAGUUAGUAGCUUUUGAUUGAGUUAUAUAGAAUAUUUUAAUUCCUUCUACCACCUUUCACUAUAUAGUUGAGGUUGUUUUCCUGCAGGCGUGUAUUGAAAUGUUUACACAAUUUGGUUUAAAUUCUAUAAGAUGUAAUUCUUAGGAGGCUAUUGACCAAAGGAACAUCUAUGUCUGAAUCUUGAUAGCUGAUUAAUACCUUUGCCCUCAAUUCCCAGUCCCUAAAUUUUACACAAAAAUAUUCUAAAGUAGGUUUUAAAGUGUAUACACUCCAACAGGAUUAAGAAGGGAAAAAAGCAGCUAACAUUCCUUGAGGCCUUACUACAUGCCAGACAUUAUCACAAAGUGAUGGCGUUAAUCCCCAUAAUUCUGUGUAGAGGGCAUUCUUGUCCCAGUUUACAGCUGAGGAUAUUGAGGUUCGGAAAGGUGGUCAUUAUAUUAUACAGAACCAUUGCUGUCUCUUUCCAGUAACAGUAACAACAACAGCCAACAUUAAUUUAAUGUUGAGUAUGUGCAAAGGUUAUGUAAUCCUACCAGGUAACACAAACCCCUCAGACCUCCCCUGAGGCACACUCUAACAAAGAGGGGACUGUAUGAAAUCGGUCCUCUGGGCAUCCUGAGUCCCCUAGUGAAGUACCACAAGGGCCAAAUUACCCCUCUUCCCUCUCCUCCUCUUUCUCUGAAAAAAUUUCUGAACUGAGAUGCUCUCAGCUGAGAAGAGAUUUGACUCAGAGACCUUCCCAAAGAGGAGUUUGUUGACCCAGGGAAAGCUCCAGUGGGCUAGCCAAUCUGAGCACAGGGCCUUCAGUGAUCUAUUUUCCAAUCCAAACUCUGUCCCAAGCUAGUGGAAACCCAUUGGCUGGCUGGACAGAUGCAGGCCAGUGAUGCUCUGUUCAGGUUCAGUUGUGCUCCUCUGCCUUUCCACCAGCAUCAUUGUGUAAGCUCCUCAAGAGGAGGAACACCCUGAGAGUGUUUCUAAUGAAAAAUUAGGGCCUGUUCUCUUGAUUGUAUUAUAAAAUGUCUCUACAUCUCUCUACAGUUUCUGAGUCCUAUGCACAUUGGCUGGUGGACUUGUUCUUCCUACCAAAUGAUUAGAGUGGAACAUUACAUUUAUUUGCAUAGAUGUGCAUCAGAUUUGCUUUGGAGGGAAUAAGUGGUAUAAUUACAGACACUAAAUGUAAGCUGGUCUUUAUAAAGUCUAGCCUGCAGAAUGGGACUUUGCACAUGGAAGGCACUGACACAGAGGUGCUGAGUGAAUGAGUAAAAGGGAAAGAAAGGUCACUCCUUUGGGUGAGAGGUGCUAUUCCUGAGUCUUGGUACAGGCCCAGCUGAUGGAGUGCAGGAUAAAGAGGUCCAAGUUAGGCUGGCUUCCCCACCGUCAAUAUACACUUUACCUUUAAGGGAGUUUUAGAACCAACGUGCAAUAUAUUGACAGACAGUUUGCAAGAUCAAUAUUGAUUUCAAUCUAAACCAACCUCUUUCAAUUCUAAAAAGGCAUAGAAUUCUGCAGGCUCAAGGAAGAGGGGUGGUUGUAUUACACUUUUGCUUCUUUUUAAUUGCCUUAAUCAUACUUGCUUAACCCACAUUAAU